AUGCGUGUUUCCCUCAACCUAGCCUGCACUCUGUUGUGCUCAGGGGCUGCCGUGACCGCGCAGUCACCAGUUGUGAACCUGGGAUAUGCCACAUAUCAAGGCUCGUCAUCUGGUGGAGUCAACAGGUUCCUGGGUAUGCGAUAUGCUGCAGCACCGACAGGAGACCUGAGAUGGAAAGCCCCAACGGCUCCUCCCACAGUGUCUGGAGUCCAGUCGGCCACUCAAUUUGGUCCUGUCUGCAUGGCCGUGAAUGCCGGGCCCUCGCCGCAGGGACAGAGCGAGGACUGCCUCUUCGUCAAUGUAUGGGCUCCUUCAGGCGCUGGUCCCGGCUCCAAUCUGCCAGUCUGGGUUUUCAUCCAAGGUGGCGGAUUUGAGAGCCUGGCUUCCGCAUCCACGGAUGGCAGUGGAGCGGUGGCCAACUCUGGAAAUAACAUCGUCUUGGUAACGCUGAACUACCGAGUGGGAAUCUUUGGUUUCCUGGCCAGUUCUGAGAUUCAGGCCAAUGGAGUAGCAAACGCCGGCCUCUAUGACCAGCAAGCCGCCCUGCAGUGGGUGCAGCAACACAUUGCUCAGUUUGGUGGUGAUCCGGCGCACGUUGUCCUCCAUGGCCAGAGCGCAGGUGCAGAGGCGGCAUCGCUGCAGCUUGCUUCAUUCGGGGGCGAAAACCAAGGUCUUUUUGUAGGGGCCAUGUUCGAGUCUCUCCCUGAAAUCACCCAACCGACGGUAGCGGAGAUCCAGUUCCAAUAUGAUGCUCUUGUGGGCAAUGCCGGAUGCAGCUCCAGCUCUGAUUCCCUGUCUUGCCUCCGGGGUCUCAAUACCACGGCUCUGCAGCAGUUCAACGUGCCCAUCGUCUAUCCUGGCAGGCCGAAUGCUCCCAACUACCCGUACGUUCCCUGCGUGGACGGUGUGUUUCUUCAGACCACUGCGUAUGAGGCCUUCCAGACUGGAAAGUUUGUCAAGGUUCCCGCGUUCUUUGGAAGUGUCACGGAUGAGGGAACGACUUUGGGGGCCCCCAACGCGUCAUCGCCCAACGAGAUCGAGACCUUCUUCCAGAACAACUACCCCCGGUUGACGAGCCAGAACACGUCUGCAAUCAUUCAACAGUAUCCUGAGGACAUCGAGCCUCCGUUCAACGGCCAUGCUGCCUGGUUCCCUGCUGCGGAGCUUGCGUAUGGAGAUGUGCUCGUCACUUGUACUGGGCUCAACUUUGGCAAGUAUUUUGUGCAGGCAGGGCAACCCAUCUGGACAUACCGCUUCAACGUAUUGACCCCGACCAACAUUGCAAACGGAGUCGGCGUCCCUCACGGAUUCGAUCUGGGCGCAGUUUUUGGAGGAGGUUUCGAGGACUCUGACCAAACCAACGUGGCUCGUCUGCAAGGAAACUACAUCUCCUUUGUCCGCUCGUUGAACCCGAACACCUUUGCCUUUUCCGGUUCGACGUCUUGGCCGCAAUGGAAUGGGCAGGCGGGCGGGCAGAGGCUCGUAAUCAACAACAACAACACAGUGGUCGAGACUGUUCCUCAGGAUCAGAUGAACCGAUGCGCAUUCUGGGAGAGCCUGGCUCCCGAACUGGAGAUCUAG